AUGGCCAAGGUCGCUUCGUGUAUCCUUCUCAUUUAUCAAGAAGAAAACGAUAUGUUGAAACUACAAAAUUACCCUGGUCUUCCUCUUCAUGUGGGCUCCAAACUCUUGCACCAAGGUGAAGAUCUUCCAUCACAUCUUGCAAAGGCAUUGCUUCAUGAACUAAAGCGUCUUCCUCUCCAUUUCCAGGGGUACUGGAUGAAGGGUAGCUCUGAGUAUCAUGUCAUUCUUAGGAAACACGACUGUACUGAUUAUCUCAAUUCCAUGACUCGGCAUGCUAUUAUUGAGCAUGCCACGGACAAUCAAAUCAUCAAAAGGGAGAAAGGGACCUAG